AGGUAGAUAUUGAUGUCUGCACUAAUUCCUUUGACCAAGAAAGGAUUAAAACACAUAUAUCUUAUAUUGAACAUUUUUAUCUUUUUUAGAUUUAAUUUAUUUUCUGUAUGAUGAAAUAAUGAAUCGCGCAGAUAAUUCAAGUUUAUUUUAUUUUAUUACUGAACUUUUAAAUAAAACAUAUAAAUAUCAAAUUGGUGAUUUGCUUGAACCAGAACGAUUUUCAGUUGCACAUGUUCACCUUAUUAUUUGGACAUUUACCGUUUUAACCUAUUUACUAUGUAUCCCGUUAACAAUUCAUUUUUUUCGUGAACGAAUCUAUUCAAAUAUAGUUGAUUAUUUUUCAAUACAAAUUUUAUUAUGCUGUUUUAUUGCAUGGAUACCAGCAUUUAUUCUACUAAUUUAUCAUUGGUUUCAAAAGUAUAUACUAAGAUUAUGCCGAUUUCAUUAUAUUAUACUAUCAACAAAUGAAACAGUAAGUACAAAUCAUAGUUAA